CCACAUAUGAGUUGGAAAUAUUAAUAACAAUACAAAAACACCCUUUUCUUUUUCUCCCCAAAUUCUAAUUCUCAAUCAACACCCAAAUUCAUGGAAGACAUCGGUGAUGAAUACAAGAACAUCGGCGAUGAGUAUAAAAACUAUUGGGAGACAAAUAUGUUUCUUCAGACGGAAGAAUUUGAUAGUUGGGGCGGAUUGGAAGAAACAUUUUCCGGUUACUACGAUUCUAGUUCGCCAGACGGACCUCAAUCAUCGGCGGCCUCCAAAAACAUUGUUUCAGAGAGGAAUAGGAGGAAGAAGCUGAAUGAUAGGCUCUUUGCACUUAGAGCAGUGGUCCCCAACAUAAGCAAGAUGGAUAAAGCUUCGAUCAUAAAAGAUGCAAUCGAUUACAUUCAACAUUUGCAUGAUCAAGAGAGAAUUAUUCAAGGGGACAUAAUGGAAUUGGAGUCACGAAAAUCGGAGUCUGAUGUGUUUGAUUUCGAUCAGGAAGCGGAGUUUAUGUCUUAUGAAAGAUUGAAGAAGAAAAAAAUAGAACAAUCUCCAGAUUCAAGUGAAUCAAGGGCGUCUCCUGUUGAAAUUCUUGAAUUAAAAGUGUCGUAUGUGGGAGAGAAGACGGUGUUGGUGAGCUUGAAAUGUAGGAAGAGAAGAGACACGAUGGUGAAGAUUUGUGAGGUUUUUGAAUCUUUGAAGCUCAAUGUUGUCACUGCCAACAUAACUGCUUUUUCAGAAACCAUUUUCAAGACUCUCUUCCUUCAGGCCGAUGAGGAAGAAAUAGAUUUACUAAAGAUCCAAAUCCAUUCAGCAAUAUCAGCUAUAAAUGACCCUCCAAGUCCAAUGAGCACAUGAUGUCAUCAUUUUUCGACAUUUAUUUGUUUGUAAACAUUUCUUUAAAGUAAAUAGGUCAUUCUUAGGUAAAAACACUUGGACCUAAAUACUUUAAAGAAAAUGAGAAAAGGAAAUUAACAUAAUCAAUAGAGUGUCACCCCCACACACUCUAUCUAUCUUUAUUUUUCUUUCUACUUUAUCUUUUUUACCCCCUUGGUGAUGAACAAGAGUUUUUCUUCUAGACUUUUCCUGGUUUCUUUUCCUCAAAAUUGGUAGUUUGGUCCAGAGUAUAUCAACAAGAUUGUCUCUUUUGACCA